GCCAGCCCGGGACCGGACUGGGAGUGGAAGGCGGCGGCGGCAGAGGCGGCAGCGAGCGUCCGCGCUCCGACGCCCCCAGGCGGCGGGGCUGAGAGAGCGGGAGGAUGACGGCGAGCGCUGGCCCCGGAGUGUCCAGGAUGUUACCGUUUCUGCUGCUGAUGUGGUUUCUGCCCACCACCGAAGGGUCCCAGCGGGCUGAGCCCAUGUUCACUGCAGUCACCAACUCGGUUCUGCCCCCUGACUACGACAGCAACCCCACCCAACUCAACUAUGGGGUGGCAGUUACUGACGUGGACCACGAUGGGGACUUCGAGAUCGUGGUGGCCGGGUACAAUGGUCCCAACCUGGUUCUGAAGUACGACCGGGCCCGGAAGCGGCUGGUGAACAUCGCUGUUGAUGAGCGCAGCUCCCCCUACUACGCACUGCGGGACCGGCAGGGCUAUGCCAUUGGGGUCACGGCCUGUGACAUCGACGGGGAUGGCCGGGAGGAGAUCUACUUCCUCAACACCAACAAUGCCUUCUCAGGGGUGGCCACUUACUCGGACAAGCUGUUCAAAUUCCGCAAUAACCGGUGGGAAGAUGUCCUGAGCGACGAGGUCAAUGUGGCCCGAGGCGUGGCCAGCCUCUUUGCCGGGCGCUCUGUGGCCUGUGUGGACAGGACGGGCUCUGGACGCUACUCCAUCUACAUCGCCAAUUAUGCCUACGGUAACGUGGGCCCAGACGCCCUCAUUGAAAUGGACCCCGAGGCCAGUGACCUUUCCCGGGGUAUCCUGGCACUCAGAGAUGUGGCCGCUGAGGCUGGGGUCAACAAAUACACAGGGGGUCGGGGUGUCAGCGUGGGCCCCAUCCUCAGCAACAGUGCUUCAGACAUCUUCUGCGACAACGAGAAUGGGCCCAAUUUCCUCUUCCACAACCGAGGUGAUGGCACCUUUGUGGAUGCUGCAGCCAGCGCUGGUGUGGAUGACCCCCACCAGCACGGCAGAGGAGUGGCCCUGGCCGACUUCAACCGCGACGGCAAAGUCGACAUCGUGUACGGAAACUGGAACGGCCCCCACCGGCUCUACCUGCAGAUGAGCGCCCACGGGAAGGUCCGCUUCCGGGACAUCGCCUCGCCCAAGUUCUCCAUGCCCUCUCCCGUCCGCACAGUCAUCGCCGCCGACUUUGACAACGACCAGGAGCUGGAGAUCUUCUUCAACAACUUCGCCCACCGCAGCGCCUCAGCCAACCGCCUCUUCCGGGCUGUGGCCAUGGCAGGUCCUGAGCCCCUCCCAGUGGGUCUCCUGGUCGAUGGCCAGAGUGAAAUCUGCGUUGUUGCAGGGGGCGUGGUGACAGACUUCGAUGGAGAUGGGAUGCUGGACCUCAUCUUGUCCCAUGGAGAGUCCAUGGCUCAGCCGCUGUCCGUCUUCCGGGGUAACCAGGGCUUCAGCAACAACUGGCUGCGAGUGGUACCUCGGACCCGAUUUGGGGCCUUCGCCAGAGGGGCUAAGGUGGUGCUGUACACCAAGAAAAGCGGGGCCCACCUGAGGAUUAUCGACGGGGGCUCGGGCUACCUGUGCGAGAUGGAGCCUGUGGCGCACUUCGGCUUGGGGAAGGAUGAAGCCAGCAGCGUGGAGGUGACGUGGCCAGAUGGCAGGAUGGCGAGCCAGAGCGUGGCCAGUGAAGAGAUGAAUUCGGUGCUGGAAAUCCCCUACCCCCAGGAUGAAGCCAAACCUCAGGACCCAGCCCCACUCGAGUGCGGCCAGGGAUUCUCCCAGCAGGAAAAUGGCCACUGCACAGACACUAACGAAUGCAUCCAGUUCCCCUUCGUGUGCCCUCGGGACAAGCCCGUGUGUGUCAACACCUAUGGAAGCUACAGAUGCCGGACCAACAAGAGGUGUAGUCGGGGCUAUGAGCCCAAUGAGGAUGGCACAGCCUGUGUGGCUCAAGUGGCCUUUUUAGGUAGGUAUCCCUCUGCCGCCUUUAGAAUCUCUGAGCCUCUCUCUCGGGCCUUGUAUCUUUCUCUAGGCCUUGGACUUUGCCUUCAGUUAUAUGCACUUUAAAUCCUGUCAAUAAAGGAAAAAAAAAAAAACUCACAACCUUUGUGGAAAACUAAAUCUCUCCUGCUGCCUGUCUCUCUCCAUGUCGAUUCUGCCAUGUGCUCCCUCUGAAUGGACAGCCGGGUGGCCAUCUUUGAAAAGGGAAGUUCGGGAGAUACUGAUAUUUGUGUAAACCUAGUUGUUUGUGAAGCCUUUCUUUGCAUGUUUUCUGAGAAAACAGAAAAGGAAAGUCUACCCUAGACCGCACCCAACCUCCCUAACUCCUUCAGAAGAAUCCUAAUACCCCUGGCUUUUCUGUAUCCUCCAGUGUUGUGAGCCUUAUUUCGCCCUUAACAAAGAUGGCUUGCUGAGUUGAUUUCAUAAUGUACCAUGUACCUGCUGGUUUGGCCUGUGCUGUUUCUGCUCGGUGCACCCUGACUUCCUCUGAUAGAGAAAGCCUUAUUGGGGUGGGUGGUGAUGAUGGGA